GCAUACAGAAUGAUAUGUUUGAACACAUUCUCGUUACCAGCUACCCCUUUGCCACACACUAAUGCUCCAAAUUCCAAAACAAAUCCUCCACAUUUCAAAAUCAGAAUUAGAACCCACAAAAUUAACUGUAUCCCAGAAGCUUACGAUGAUGAAGAAACUGAAAAUGCAUCAAAAAUUACAGUUGCAUUGCCUCACCAUGUGAAAACCAUCACAAGUACAUCAAACCCAUUUGUAAAACACUGUCUCAAACUUCGGCAGAGCUCCUCUUAUAGACAAUCUCAUGACUCGGUUCUUGUUGUUGGCACUACUCCCAUAAGGGAAAUAUACAGCUUUCAAGAAACAUUGCAAGACAGGCCUACAAUAGAGUUCUUACUUUUACACGACAAAUAUGAUGUCCCACAAGAUAUAGUUGAUCGUGCUAUUCAUGUGGUUCAUGUCAGCUCAGCUAUAAUGAGAAAACUUUCUGGGCUUCAAUCCAUCGAUUCUGUUGAAGUCAUUGCCUUGAUGAGAAUACCUUCAACAUUUCAUGUUGUCAGCAACAGCCUGAAUGAAGAAGAUUGUAGUAGAUUGUUUCCUUUCCCACAUCGAAUUCUAAUUCUUGAAGGAAUCCAGGACCCUGGCAACCUUGGCACACUACUAAGAUCAGCGACGGCCUUUGGAUGGGGUGGUGUCUUUCUACUUCCUGGUUGUUGUGAUCCAUUCAACGAGAAAGCGCUUAGAGCUUCUCGAGGAGCCUCCUUUCAAAUUCCAAUAGUUUCUGGCAAUUGGACUCAUGUAGAAUCUCUCAGAAAAUUAUUUCAAAUGAAAAUAUUGGCUGGCCAUCCUGCAGAUGACAAAAAUUCCAAUAAAGUGCAUAGGCUUUCUCAAGAUUUUGCGGAUUCUGUGGCAGAUUUACCAUUGUGCUUGGUUUUGGGCAGUGAAGGAGCUGGUCUUUCAAAGGAAAGUAGGCAAUCUUGUGAGCUUAUAAGCAUUCCAAUGGCAGGAGAAUUCGAGUCUCUCAACGUUUCAGUAGCUGGAGGUAUAUUUAUGUUCUUAUUGCAGCCUGAGAACCAUAGAGUUAGUUGAUUCCUUCGAAGAUGAUUCAUCCCCGCCACUCCUUUUUUUGGGUUUCCCUUGUUCGACUGAACCACCUAAAGACAAGUACUGUGCAAUGGGUGUGGUGUUGUUAAUGUUAGGACACACAUACUAGGAACAUACUCUUAACAUAUCUUCGAUGGUGAAGGCCCAGACUAGCUAGAUGCUACCUUGAUAGCAUUUAGGUACUCGAUUCCUUUCUAACAUGUUACUUGUAUUUGUACAUCCCCAAUUGUUAUGUUGAGAUUCGUCAAUCUUUUGACGUGUUGGCUAAGUUUAAGAAAAUGUUACGUGUCUAAUUUUGGUAACUUUGCUCAAGCAUGUUUGAAUAUUUUCAACCAAUUAUGUAUGCUUUUCAUUUUGAAUUUUGUUAUAUGUACAG